AUGAUUGAAUAUUCUGAUAUUCCUUAAAAAAAUACUCGAAUUUCGAAGCAUUAAGAAAAAACAACAAUAUAUUGGCGAUCAAGCAUUUAAAUUUCAAUUGAAAAUUCUGCUAAUUUCUCACCUAUUGCUGGCGCUGUAACUAAUUGAUUAGCAUUUUAGUAAAUUGAAGUUUAUGAACGUAAAUUCUUAUCAUAAUUUCUUCAGAUCAUUCGACAAUUAGUAAACAACUUAUAUGCACUAAAAACUGAUGAACAAGAAAAUACUGGGAUCAAUAAUUUAAGUGAAGGAUGUUCAUAUAAAGUUUUAAUCUAAAAAUCAGGUAAAAACAUAAUAACAUUAUAUAAAGGGUUUAAGAAAUCAAGUUCUAGACUUGAUCUUUAAAGAAGAGUACCGAAACAAAAUAUAUAUUUUUCAGGUUAACAGAGAGCAUACCUAAAUAUUCAUUCCGAAUAUUUUUAAAUAAACAUCAAGGAUUCUCAAUCUUGAUUUUAUAGUAGGUUUAAAGUAGAGAACAUUCUUGUAUAACUGGAGCUCUUUAUAAAUCAUGGGGACAAAUGUAACUAUCAACUAUAUCUAAAAAUUAUUAAAACAGUGAAGUGAUUUACAUUUAUCAAUUAGAACCAUAAAUACUCACAAAAUGUGAGAAAAGAACUAGGAAGAAAGCCUUAGAUCUUUUAAAGAAUUCUUGAUUAGUUAAUAAUGGAUUGACGCUUAUCCUCAUAUUAUCGUAUAUUUAAGUGAUUUAAACUACCCUUUAAUAGAUCUAACUUUGUAAAUUGAUGGUCAAUAAUCAGAUGCUCCAUAAACUAUACAAAAGACGGAAUCUCAAAUUAUAAAUGAAGAAAAUGUCAGGAUGUGUUGUGCUCGAAUGGAUCCAGGUUAUAAAAUCAAUAAAUUAAAAUAAGCAUAUAAAGAUUUAUCUGGUCAUAUGAAAUAAUUGAUGAUGUUCUAAUAUUCCUUUUCGAUUUUUAACAGUUGUGGUGGAAUUGGAGAUAAAAUUUAUAUUUGA